GGGCGUUGCGGUUGACAGACGUUCGUCGCGUUUCCAAUUUUAAACGAGACAUCGCGUGUUUAAUUAGACAAACAUAAAUAACAAACAUUAAUUGUGACUUAAAAACAUAAAGUUUUUACUGUUUGAUAUUCUAGGAACUUAUAUAGUGCUAACUUUUUGUGCUGUAACAUAUUUAGUGAUAACGAAGUUUAUUUUGGAUUACAAUAAAAUAGAUUUAACGAGCGAACAUCAAAAGGAACACGAAUGUAAACUGUAACCCAAUGUAUAUAACAUAUGGCUGCACGCACGUAUAAAUACCUUAAAAUAAAAUGGCUAACAAAACAAACGAUAAACCAAUACAUAAAAACAAUGAAACAGAGUUUAAAAAUGAAGCUUUACAAGAUGAGAUAACGGUCGCCGAUAUUAAAGAAGCAACUCGAUAUAAUGUGAGGUUGAUAUUUGAGAAACAAAACAAGAUCAAAGUGACGAGUAGAAGUGCGAAUACAUUGUUCCUUUUGUUAAGGAUACCGUUUUAUUGGUGUGUUUUGAUGAAGCAAUGGAUAGUGUUAUGCUUGUUGAUAAGUUGUACCUCAGCGUUAAAGGAACAGAAGUUUGCGAUUGAACCACAGGAUCAAAGUGCGGUCGUCGGAUCCAGGGUUACUCUCCCUUGUAGAGUGGAGGGUAAAGUCGGACAACUGCAAUGGACCAAAGAUGACUUCGGUCUGGGCACUCAUAGACAUCUCACAGGCUACGAGAGAUAUAAAAUGGUCGGCAGCGACGAAGAAGGCGACUAUUCUUUGGACAUAAGAGAAGUUGCACUGGAAGAUGACGCUACAUAUCAAUGCCAAGUCAGCUCUGGUCCUAGAGGUGAACCACCGAUCAGAUCAAGAUAUGCCAGACUGACAGUUCUCGUACCACCAGAGCCGCCGAGGAUACUCCAAAGUCCUGUACUCCAAGCUGUUGAAGACCAGGAAAUUGAUCUAGAAUGUGUUUCUGUUGGAGGAAAACCAGCUGCUGAGAUAACAUGGGUGGAUGCGGAGGGCGGCGUGUUGACGCAAGGCGUCACGUACACCGUGGAGCAGAUGGCUGAUGGCCGCAGGUUCACUGCGAGAUCCGUGCUACAUCUUCGUCCUAGAAGAAGUUAUCACAACCAGACGUUCACUUGCCAAGCGCAGAAUACAGCGGAUCGCGCUUAUAGAGCUGCAAGUAUCAAAUUACAAGUACAAUACGCGCCAAGGGUAAGAAUUUUCAUAAAGACUGGUGUUAAAAAUAAUAGAAUACAAGAAGGGGAUACAUUGAUAUUAGGUUGUCAAGCGACUGCUAAUCCUAACAAUCUAACCUACAAAUGGUUUGUAAACAGUGAUCAGAUUUUUGGAAAUGUCAAUAAUGAAAUUGUGAUACCGAAUGUGUCGCGCAAGUAUAAUGAGGCGACUGUGAAAUGCGAAGUGCACAAUACGGUCGGUAAGAGCGCCGAUUCCAAAACACUGGAAGUUGCAUAUGGCCCUAAAUUUAAAGUGAAGCCACAAAAUGUUGAAGGAGACUCAGGUUCUAUCGCCACUAUGCACUGUGUUGUAGACGGACAUCCACAACCGAAGAUAACUUGGUUGAGAUAUGAAAACGAAAGGAUUAUUAGAGUUGGCAAAUCAACAAAUCUAACAGUGACGGUGACUAGACAAUCCGCUGGCCAGUAUUGGUGCAGGGCGAGUGUUGAGGGUUACCCUGACAUUGAAGCAUCAGCAAUGGUCUUUGUUAAAGGACCACCGAAAAUCAUAUCAAAUAGAACACAAUACGGCGUAGAAGGAGACAGCGUUAGAGUUGAAUGUAUAUCCUUCUCAGUUCCGAAGCCGGAUUUUGUUAUUUGGAGUUUUGAAGGAAAUGAAAUUAAUUCAUUUCAUAAUCAAGAAUAUGCGUUUUUAGAAGAGACACUAACCGAUCGUACCAGCAAAUCAACGUUGAUAAUACGCGAGAGUCAGAUAAAACACUUUGGGACUUACAACUGUAGUGUAUCCAACUCCUUUGGGACUGACACAGUUGAGAUUACUCUGAUACCGGACAAAUCUUUCAAUCUACUAAUCGUAAUUAGUAGUGCAGCAGGUGCUGCUAUUCUUCUCCUAAUAGUGAUGUUAAUUAUAAUGUUGUGUCAUCGCAAAUCAAACAAGACUGAUGUAAAGAAACCUGAUAUCACAGACAUUGGGAAGACUUGUGUCGAUCAGUUCAAAGACAGUGAUCGUAACUCUAAUAUCAGUGAUUUGAAGAUGGAACUUAGACAAGUUGAAGGCAGCUGUGAUAUGGACAUCUCCAAUAACGGUUCAGAAAGUGAACUCCACAAUCAUUCCACUUUACACCUGACUACGAAUCUCGGCUUACCUCUCGCCGGCCCUGUGCCCCUGCCGGACUCCGGAUACGACAACGAGCUCAUGAAGCAAUACCAACGAUAUAGUGGGGAUUUUAAUCAACCACUAAACAUGCAUAUUAAGGCUCAAGGUCAUGGCAACGGCUACGUGCCUUACGUAGACUACGCGCGAGAUUACGCUCCCCCUUUGACAUCAGAUUCCCUCUCCGGGUCCUUAUCUAGAAGUACUGAUGAGUCAACUUACCUCAGUCAUUGUGGGUCACUCCGAAGACAGAGCAGUAGUGGAAGAUUGGGUGGACUAGUUGGACCGGAUCUAAUACCAAUGGGUAAUCCCGGAGUGGUUCUUGGCGGUGGCUUGGAUGUUAGAUAUGCAGCGACCUAUGGCAAUCCUUAUCUAAGAGCUAGUGGUCCUAUAGCAUAUGCAGCCCACGCCAAUACAUCCCCCGCAAAGUCUGCCCCACCCCCGUAUUACACCCUCAGAAGUAAUAACCACCCACCAAAUGGUCCGAAUGUGAUAUCACCAUCGUCAUCAUCAUCAUCUCGACCGGUCACCAGUCCUUUAGCGUCUUCAUCAUCAACAAGCAGCGCUCAACCACAAGUUCCUAAAGCAUCGCCUCAGUCUGCAGGAGCUCUGUACAUCCUCCCGCCGUCCAGUCAAGGGAACCUCCAGUCUUGUCAAAUUACCAAAGGUAAUGGUUCCCAUUUGGCAGCCGGUACUCACGUGUAAUUAGUGAAGUGUAGUUAGGUUUGAAAAUGUACAUUUUUAUAAACAUUACUUACUGAACGCAAACAUGUGAAGUGUAAUUUAAAAAAAAUAGUGAAGUGAUAACAGUUUUUUUGGACUAUUUGAUCUCGUGUUUAGGUUAAGUUAUUUGUGAAAUGAAUGUAGGCAACACACGUUAGGGUUUGCUACUAACAUUGCAACGAAGUUAAAACUUUCAUGCGACCCUAACUUGUUUGGCUGUAUAACGGAUAGAGAACCUUGAAAUAUAGAAAUAAAAAUGUCUAGAAAUGGCACGCAAGAUGAAAUUAAAUUACAAUAUGCAUACAGAAUUACAUAGACGUUGUUUUACACUAACCAAAAGUCGUAUAAUAUAAUUGAAAAAAGUGUUUGUAAAAAAAUAUUGCUAUUGGUUUUUUAAAGGCGUUUCACUAAUUCAAACGUACCGAGUUUUAAUGAAUUCUUUUAGAAUAUAAAAUUUUAUAUCGCUUUGAUAUGUUUUCAAAUGAGCCUAAAAUUACGAAGCUUUAAAUACAAAAUGGCAAAGAAAUAUCUUAAGUAGAUUUAAAUAAGAGUUUUUUUAUAAAUAUAAAUAAUAAUAAAAUGU